AUGGACUUUUCCGACUACGAGGAGGUAGAUGGCAGCUCCUCUGACUCUGAUGAUGGACGCGACUCACGCGACCAGGCCCCUAACGAGGACCUGUCUGAGACGAUGAGGGAAAACUUCUCCUUUCCGCAGUCAAUCCAGCUGCCGCUCCAGGCUCAUCUCCGGGGUGGCCACCCGCCGUGGCAGGGCCAUGGUGGUAAGCUCAUUGGAGUAGUCGACAUGGGAAGCAACGGCAUUCGCCUCUCCAUAUCCGACCUGUCUGCUCCGAUGGCCCGGAUUCUGCCGACUGUGCUGGUGUACCGGUCUGGUAUUUCGCUGUACGACUCCCAAUUCGAUCCCGACACGGGAGAGCAGAUUCCAAUUCCAGAUGAUGUCAUCGAGUCAGUCUGUUCUGUGCUCAGCCGCUUUGUCGUCGUAUGUGCCGACUUCGGCGCUACCAGAGAACAUAUCCAUGUCAUUGCCACUGAAGCCACUCGCGCUGCUCUCAACUCGGCACAGUUUCUCAAGACGGUCAAGGACAAAACCGGCCUCACUGUCGAGCUGUUGCCAAAAGAGGAGGAAGGCCAGGUUGGUGCACUGGGCAUCGCCAGCGGCUUCUCCAGUAUGGAAGGUCUCGUUAUGGACCUGGGUGGAGGCAGCACCCAAAUUACCUGGAUGCUCAGUCAGGGCGCCGAUAUCAGGAUCAGCCCAAAGGGCAGCUUCAGCUUCCCGUAUGGUGCUGCAGCUUUGACCAAGAAGCUAGCUGACCUGCGUCAAGGCAAAAGCAAGCAGGAGGGAGAAGCUGCAGUGAGCGCUUUCCGUCUCGAAAUGAUCCAGAACUUCAGAGAUGCGUACCAUGGCCUACAGGUUCCCGAAGAACUAAUCGAGGUCGCCGAAAGAGAAGGCGGGUUCCGCAUCUACCUCUCUGGAGGUGGAUUUCGAGGCUGGGGUUACUUGCUGCUGUAUCUGAACCAGUCGCGAGGGAAGCAUUAUCCCAUCUCCGUCAUCAAUGGGUACACGGCUGGAAGGGAGCAGUUUCAAGACACUGAAGCUCUCAAGGCUGUCGCCCGCGCCGCCAAAAACGUCUUCCGAGUCUCCGACCGUCGACGUGCUCAGGUUCCCGCGGUGGCAUUCCUUGUCAAUGUUCUUGCAGAAGCCAUUCCUCACGGAAUUAAAGAGGCGCACUUCUGUCAGGGUGGUGUGCGCGAGGGGUUUCUCUUCAGACAACUCUCGCCAUCGGUUCGAAUGCAGGCUCCGUUGGAGGUGGCCACGAGCUACUUUGCACCAGGCUCGCGCCAUGCGAUCCAGACGUUGCUCAAGCAUGCGAUCCCGAAACCGGCCAGAAACGAAACAAAGAAGUUUCCGGAGGAAUUUGGAGAACACGUCGUCGAUAGCUUUUCGAAUUCCAUGUACUCGCACAUGUUCAUGUCCAAGGAAACUGCUUCCGCGACGGCGCUCUACUCAACCAGUGUGGGAAUCAUGUCCACCGUCCACGGAGUCUCUCAUCAAGACCGAGCCAGGCUCGCGUUGAUGCUUGAGUCAAGAUACGGCGGCGAGUUGCCGCCUCGAGAAGUCGAGUUCCGAGAUUCACUGCGGGACCUCAUCAGCCCUGAGGAGGUUUGGUGGGCAUCGUAUCUUGGCAGGGUCGGAUGUCUGAUCACUACACUGUACCCAGCUGGAAAGAUUGACAGAUCCAAGCCCCGCGUGGUGUUCUCGGCCCAAUGGUCAUGGACCUUGGGCAAAAAUAAAGACAAGGAAGGCUUGAUCCUUACUCUCUCGGUGCAGAAGGUCAAGAAUGACCCCGCGAGGACCAAAGAGACUCUAGAAGAAUUUGGCAAGGCGGUGGAGAAGGUUGGGAAGAAGAAGGCUUGGGUUGGAGAUGUUGAUCCAUGGGGAAUGAAGGUCAAGGUCAGAAUUGUUGAGGAAGGAAUCUUGAGUGGGCCAGAUGAACCGUAG